AUGACACCAGCAACACCACCGCGAUCCAGGAGUAGACGUGUAAAGUCGUCAACCUUAGAACCUCCGAAAUUACAGUUAUCUCCCACUACUCCCCAUAGACAAGGCAUUUUUGCUGCACCUGUGACGCCCGGGACAGUAACAUUGAAACAAAAAUCGAAUCAGUUCAAUAGACCGAGCUCACCGCUACAUGGAUCACCUCUAAAGGGAUUGAAGACUCCUGAGUAUACACCAGCUAAACUAACAACCAAGAGAAGACUGGAGCUUGCUAACGAACCCGGAAAUCUUGAUAGCGUAAGCCGAGUAUUGUUUUUGGGAAACUCGCAAGAACUCCAGGACGCCAAAUUGUCCGAUCGCAAAGCAUGCAGCGAUAAGAAGUCGAUAAAUCACAACUUAAUGGCCACACCUCCUCAACUACUCCCGCCAGUACCAAGUAACGAUGCAUUUUCUUCAUUUCUGGAAAGACAGGUAUUCUAUGAGGAUACGCAAUCGCACAGCUCUCGCAAAGUCGCAAAGCAGGAGCCGGGAACCCCCAGCGACAAGAUUGUGACUUUUGAGCUAGCAAAAGAUUGGAAUAAUAAUUCUGGCCAGUGCUUUUCAUCAGACGAUGAGGAAAGGGGAGAGGAACUUAUCAAGAAAGCUACUUUGAAGAAUCCUUUUGCCUCACAUGAAGUAGCAGAUGCUCGUACCCGAAGGUUACGGCAGAAGCAGCUAGUGUCUGAAAGCCCUCAUUUAAGGGACACUGUGACAUAUUUAAAUAAAUCUGGACAAGUGGCUGAAGAAAGAAAACUUUCAAAGGAGGAUCAGGAACGUUUCAGGCCGAAGGCAUUAUUUACAGAGGAAUUGGAAAGGGAAACACUCCCUAAUGAAAGGAAAGACACAUAG